AGCUUUCACAGCCCAGCUUCUUUUCCAGAGUCUGUAUGCUACCUCCAUGAUUCUGGUGUUUCGUUGUUCUGGUAGUCACAAAAAGAAAACAGCCGCCGCGUACGUGCAGACACGUACCGAUGUACUCACGCAUGAAAUGUAAAGUGUCAGUUCAACCCGGCAUCCACAGGCGGCUGAUGUAGUGGUUAGUGCACUGCAGUGAACCGAGACUUUAACGGGACCAGUAGGCUAAAACUAGCGAAGCACAGUGAACUGGAAGAACCAUAGGAGACUAUAUGGGUUGAAACCACAGCUAGAACCCUCGUGACUUCAGACAAAUGCCGCCCUUGCGUACGGCGGUACGUACUAAGCAGAGGGGCUGGCGGGCAGCUUGAAGCCACUGUGUCAGAAAGCAUCUGCAACUGCGCGGGAAAGUGUCUUCCCUGUGCACCUUUGUGUGUUGACGCUUGGUUGCUGCACUUGAGGAGAAGUCCGUGCAUCGUAAAGAUGUUGCGGUACGUUCGGCACCUCGAAAACGCUCGAAGGCACGUUGACUGUUGGACUGGCUAUGUAGAUUCCCAGGAGAAGUUUGACAAGUUCAUGCGCUACCUCGCCGCCAAGAAGGUGAUAUUGAAAGCGUUGACAGCGAAGGAAUAUCCUUGCAUAAAAGAGAGGCUCCGGCAGUGCCCUCGGAGUGACCACGUCUUCAUAGACGAAGAUAUGCCGUUCACGGUCGUGGCAACUGCGUGGUUGUGGCAACCCUGCUGCGAUAUUGAAAUUGACCCUGAAAGUGUGCGGAACACCGAGUGUGGUGAGAAAGAAGAGACAGACUGGUUUGCAGCUAUCUUGAUGAAGCACGACAACUGCCGUGGUGCAGAACUCAUCCGCCGCCCUGCCAUGAUGUACAUCAAGCAAGUGGAUAUGUACCCAGAAUUUCGGGUGCCUUUCCUUACAAAAUACUCUACAAGUCGAGGACGUGAAGCAGCCAUAAAAGAAACGCUGUGGCGACUGAAGCAGGCUCUUCAUAAAGAGUCUGUUUGGAGGCCUCUGCUCAGGCAUCAACGUUUUUACAUCAAGAUGUGCGACAAAAUUAGUAGUUUGAACGAUGACGAAGAUUACUGCUGCGAAAAACAUGUCCCAGCAAGCAUGACCAUAAUGCAAGAUCAGAUGCAAUCUGCAACAAACAAGAACUGUUUGACAUACUGGAUCAAAGAAUGUGCAGAACAGGCAGCAAAUCAUUUGAACCAUGACAUGGAUAGCUGCUGUGAAGAACAGCCAGCAAAUAUGAAAGUAAUGCAAAAUCAGAUGCAAUCGGCACAGACAAACACGCCAUUACUUGAUACGAAUGAGAAUUGUUUCACAAGUUUCAUCAUAGAAUGCGCAGAGCAGCCAGCAAACCAGUUUGAACCAUGACACAGAUAGCUGCUGCGAAGAACAGCCAGCAAAUAUCAGCGUACUGCAAAAUCAGGUGCAAUUGGCUCAGACAGACAUGUCAUUACUUGCAACAAACGAGAACUGUUCGACAUAUUGCAUCAAAGAAUGCACAGAACAGCCAGCAGACCAUUCGAACCACAACACAGAAAGCUGCUGCAACAAACAGCCAGCAAACAUGAACAUAAUGCAAAAUCAGAUGCAAGCAGCCCAGACAAACGUGCCACUACCUGCAACAAAGGGGAACUGUUUGACAGUAUUGUGUUAAAGAAGUUCUGUUGGCAGGGCGAUCUGAACUUAAAAACAAAGUGCAAGUAUUUCGACGCCACAAAGGAAACCAUACAAGAUAUUUUACGAAGAGCCCUGUUGAAGGACGGGUUUAGUUCUAUCGUGCAAGAGGACAUCGCAUGUUUUGUGAAUGAACUACAUAAGAAAUGGCCGGAAACAGGUCGUCAUUUUAAACCUAUGGAACUCAAGUGCAAUGUCUUGAGGAGAGUAGCAAGUGAAUGCAAGGACGUAUUGCGACGUUGUGCCAAUACAAAUUUUGUGGCACAUCUCAUGCACAAGCAUUCUGAGAUUGUCAUUUGUAUUGAAAUGGCAUUGUGCGGAACCGACUAUGUCCUACCGGCUUUUCUCCUAGGCUUCAAAACACCAAUGCAUCAUGUCUUGGCUGGUGUGUUUCUCAUUGACUUUGAGAUGCUUGACUGCAUGGCGAAGGCAUUUGAUCUGUUCAAGGCUCGUGACCCAUACGCUGCCAUUACGAAAUUCUGGAUUGUAGAACACAGUGAAGCAGAAAUCAACGCACUCUCUUCCAUGUUUCCGGACAGCCGUCCUCUACUAUGCAACUUCCACCGAGCUAUAUCGUGGAGUGAGUGGCAACCCACAACAUCGAGCGAUGCAAGGGACAUCAGUUUCGUCAAGGAAAUGCUGCAAAAGGUUACGUGCAGCAAAAGCGACGAUGAGCGCAGGUCAGUGCUCGGAAAUGCUGGAACAAUCUCCCCAUUGGCAAAGAAACAAAAGGCUGCAAAGUUAUGUAUAUCAAAAGUGGCUGUUGGUCGUUGAAAUGCUGGCAGAUAAUCAGGGACAGGCGUUUUGUUUUGGCGACUUGAUAGCGCAUCCAGGGACUGAAAGCUCAAAAGCACAGUCCUGCUUAGCAAAAUAUUGUAGCCACCGUGCUCGAGGACUCGUUCGAGUAUUCACAAAGAAGUUCUCACCAAAUAACAAGCCGCAAGCUGUUCAAGCCAGUGCAAACUCCAUGCACCCUCUUCACCUCAGCGCAUUGCCCACGUGUGCCCACAGCGAAACUGUUAAUGGUGCAAAACAAUCUGGGCAAGGCUUGGCUGAAGCCUCUCUAUGCAAAAAAAACAGCACUUUGUCAGUCCCUUCUUGUGUUCAGAGUAGUACGUUUGACAAAGUGAACGUCAACAUUAUAAGCUGCUCUUGUUCUGAGUUCAAGGCUGGGCCACCGUGCCAACACAUUAAAGAGAUGUUCUCACUUGCUGAGGGACAGGACAUUUCACGUGUUCUAGCUGCUUACCAGAACAGACCACACGUGACAGCGAAUGCAAAUACUGAUCCUGUACUUCAGCAAAUGAUAAUGAAGGCAUCGAGGGAAGCUUUUAGGAAUGUCAAACCAAAUAAGCCUCUUGCCGCUGUCCCUGAGAACAUCAAUUGCUUAUUGAAAACAGUGAGUGAUGCCUCAGUUCUCAUUAAGGCUGAGUUAAAUGAGCCACAAGUGACAGCUCAUGGCACCGCUCACUGUUCGGCACAGGGAGGGAACAGAAAUGCAGAAGUAAUAGAAACUUGUGUGAAAGCCGAGCCAAACGAGCCAAAUAUGACUGCUCGUGAAAAUAUCAGUUUUACUGGGCAGGAAGAAAUUAGCGAGGCAUCUGAAAUAGAAGUUAGUAUCAAGGGUGAAGUGAAUGAGGGACAUGUAGAAGCCCAUGCUGAACAUGGGGUGGCCCAGGCCACUCCCUUGAAUGUUGAAGUGAAUGAGAUGCUCUUGACAUCCCAUCAAGAUGCUGAUAUUGCACCUUGUAUCAAGGCCGAACCAAAUGACCAAAGCAUGACAGCGCACGAAGAUGUCGAUCGCAUGUCGCAGGAAGAGACAAGCAAGGCAAGCAAAUUGCAAGUUUGCAUCAGUGUAGAACCAAAAGAGGCUCAGGUGGAAGCCAGUGGUGAUGCUUAUUAUGUGUUGCAGGAACUGACUAGCACAGCAUCAGGAAUGGCGUCUUUCGUCACGACUGAACCAAAUGAAACAGGGAUGACUGUUCCUGAAGGUACCGAUUUCAUGUUGCAGGAAAAUAUUACCAAAGCAUCUAAAUGGGAAGCUUGUAUCAAGGUCAAACCAACCGAGGCCAAAGCAGUUAGCGAUGCGCCAGAAAUGAGUAGCUGCUGCGAGGUUGAACCGAAUGAGAUGUGCCUGGCGGCCAGUGAAGGUGCUGCUUGUGCAUCGUCACCACUAGCAGGUAGCAAGGCAUUAGAUAUUGAAACUUGUGUCAAGCUAAGGUCAAAUGAGCCAUUUAUGGCAGGCUGUGAUGAUACCAAUUGCGUGUUGCAGGAAACAUUGAGCAAGACACCAGAAACAAGGGCUUUUGUUAAAGAUGAGCCAUAUCUGACAUUUAAUGAAGACACUGACGGUGCACUGCAAGAAACAAGUAGGACAUCUGACAUAGACAUGUGUGUCAAAUUUGAGCCAAAUGAGACACUAGACAACGGCAUUGACAACUCAUUCCUGACAACUGUGAGCAAUGCCUUAAUUCAUAUUGAGGCCCAAGCGACUGUACUGGAUGUGAAAGCCCAUGAAGACAGGGCUCGUGCAUUGCGAGAAACGUCCAAAUCGCCAGAAACAAUAGAUUGCUUUAAGGUUCAAGGUGACUUGGAGCCUGCUGAACUGCCAGUUGAAGUGUGUUCUAGGGAUCUUGAGCAAGGAAACCCCAGGCAGAGCACAUUAUGUGCAAAAUCACAAGUUAGGGCUCGAAUGGAGGAGGUAAAUUCUGUGCGCUGUGUACGCGAUGCUGCUGUGUUGCAACAAGAGCUAGUCGAUGCGAACCAAACCACAGUUCCGGCUGGAACAUAGCAUGUCUGGGUGUAGUGGUGCUGGCGAUGGACAGACGUACAGCUUAUGGAGGACAUUGGUACUAAAAGAAAAAUGACAGCAUCAACUCGAUCAACGAAAAAAAGAAAAUAGGUGGCAGCUAGACAGUGUACAAGAUAAGUCAACCAUCAUGCAUAUCUGUAAAUAAGCUACUGGGUAACGUGCCUUCACAUUGCUUUGUGCAUAGACAUUUUUUUGUCUCAUAAUUUUGUUCAUAUCGCCACAUUUAUUUCUCAAUAUGCAUUGAUCUCAUCACUAAAAUAAACAUUAUACAUCAUGGUUGGUGACUGCUGCAGUUGCAAGGCACUGGCCUGCCUUCAAAUACUAGUCUUGUGGGAGAACAAAUCCAUGUUGAACUGUCUGCCACAGACCUCAAAGGAGUUGACUGUUCUGCUAGUAAAACUGUUGCAGAAGUGCUGGUUCCUGACAGCCUCCUUACUGGCCGACUUCAUGAUGUUACUGCCACUUUGUGUCCAGCAUUGAAUUUAUGAGGAAUUUUUAUGGUAUGGUCUAUCUAGGCUUUAUGUCAUUUUGUUGUUUGUGUGUAUUGUGUGUGCUCUUAACCUAGUUCCCACUUCAUUUAGAAGCAGGCACAAGCAGUAUUCGUUUGUUGAAGUAGCAUCUCUGAGAAACACAGUUUAAGCUGUAUUAUGUAUGUUAUUCUUGUGUAGGUGCAAGAAAGUUGUUUGUUGCCAUAAAGCAUAGCUUCGUAAGCCUUGAUGCGCACUAGUACAACGGCUUUGUGAUGAGCGAUGGCAUCGUGUGUAAUUUUCUGUUUCAACUCACUGUGAUGUCACAGAUUUUUACUGUUUAUGCUGUUCAGCCUGUUUAUAUUUGAGUUCUCCUAGUGUGUCCUUUUUUGUUUUUGAGCAUCAAGCUUCACUUGUCGACUAUGUUGAAAUUCGCUCUACAAUAUUAAAAAAAUAUCGAGUAAAAACAAUGUCUUUUUGUUCCCACAACAGUAAUCGUCAUCAGGCUUGCGAGCGCUUCCUUCAUUUAAAACUCAGUGCUGGCCACUUUCCUAUCGAGAAUGCAAUGUAACCCUUUUAACGCGCAUGCCGUUCGUGACUGCAAUGUACCCUGCACGGGACGAUAGCGCAAGUAUGGAACGCAAUAUAGAUGAGGAUUAUUGUUGUGGGACAAAAAAAGAGGCCCUUUUACUUGAUAUUUUUAUAGUGUGUCUGCAAAAGGGUGCAUAUUUGGUCUGUUUCAUUCAUGAUUACAUGCAGGAAAUGGUGGCAUAUGAUCAGAUAAAACAAAAAACCUUGG